UUCCUCCCUCUCGUUCUCUGUUGUUGUUCUCGGUGACGCGACGGAGGUGUAGCCUGACGCGGUCUCUUACGUGUCGGCCUGAAUAAAAGUGGAGCUCCGAGGGCCCGGGAGUGACGGAGGGAGUCUGUAUCGCCGAUGACCAUGGAGUCGGCAGCAGAGGUUCAGCAGGGAGGAGACACAGCCGUGUCAGAGACAGACAGCCAACAGAUUGCCCACUCACAGCAGGAUUAUGUUUAUGCUUUGCAGGUUUCCAUGGCAGCGGGCCACGCCACGUCCAGUGGUCCUACGGUCACCCUGGUGCAGCUGCCCAACGGUCAGACGGUCCAGGUUCACGGGGUCAUCCAGGCUGCUCAGCCCUCGGUCAUACAGUCACCACAGGUCCAGACUGUUCAGAUCUCCAACAUAGCAGAGAGUGAAGACUCCCAGGAGUCAGUGGACAGUGUGACUGACUCUCAGAAACGCAGAGAGAUCCUCUCACGACGCCCCUCAUACAGAAAGAUCCUGAAUGACUUGUCAUCAGGUGACACCCCGGGGGUUCCCAGGAUUGAGGAAGAGAAGUCAGAGGAGGACCUAGCGCCUGCCAUCACCACGGUUACCAUGCCCACAUCAUGCCCUAUCUACCAGACCAGCAGUGGCCAGUACAUCGCCAUCACCCAAGGUGGUGCAAUCCAGUUGGCCAAUAACGGAACAGAUGCGGUCCAGGGACUGCAGACCCUGACCAUGUCUAACGCUGCGGCCGCCCAGCAGGGCACCACCAUCCUGCAGUACGCCCAGACCUCGGACGGCCAGCAGAUCCUGGUGCCCAGCAACCAGGUGGUAGUGCAAGCUGCGUCUGGAGAUGUGCAGGCCUACCAGAUCCGCACGGUCCCCAACAGCACCAUCACCUCUGGGGUGGUCAUGGCUUCCUCCCCUGCCCUGUCUGGCCAGGGGGGCCCAGAGGUAGAAGUUACCCGCAAGAGAGAGGUCAGACUCAUGAAGAACAGAGAGGCGGCCCGCGAGUGUCGCAGGAAGAAGAAGGAGUAUGUCAAGUGUCUGGAGAACCGCGUGGCUGUGCUGGAAAACCAGAACAAAACCCUGAUAGAGGAACUGAAAGCACUUAAAGACCUGUACUGUCAUAAAUCUGAAUAGCCCCAAACUACCCCAUCAGACUGCUCACCGACCUGUACAGACUCUGCCAAGCGUUUGCCCCCAGGCAUGACCCCUGACAUCAGAAGCAAGAGGAUGUGAGAGAGAAGACAGAAUGAAAAUGGAUUGAUGGACGGGAGAUCAGUGACGGACAGUGCUUUGUGGGAAUUGUAGUUUUGUAGGUAAACACAACCACCCCAGCCAAUACGUCCCCCAAUCUCCCAUCCAUCCAAUCUAUUUUCACCAUGUCUUCUCUCUCACAUCCUCUUGCUUCCACUCCUUCUUCUCCCGCUCACUUGUUAUCCACCUUUUCUUUUAUCUUCUCUCCCAACAUGUCUCAAUAUUAUCACAUCGUGGAACACGAAAGAUGAGGAUUCAUGUGUCAGUUGUGGAUCCAGAGAUAACGUGAUGAAACAAAACACUAACUCUUACACUAUUCAAGCUUCUUGUUUGGGGUUUGUUUACUGGGAAGUCAAGUCACAGACUUCCCACAACGUUAGUCGUUUUUUUAUUAACCCGAAGCCUCUUAUGUAAUCACUAACAAUGGUUAGCCAAUCAAACAAGAGGGUUAGUGUCUGACUGUCCAAUAAGCUCAAGAGGAGGUCAAAACAAGGAAGUCAAGACAGCUUCUAGAACCCUGGUAUUGGAGUCCGUUAGGACAUGUAUAUGAGAUUGCUUUGCACAGUAGAUCAGAUGAGAUCAGAUCAUGUUGUUUUGAGUUAAACCUCCAUGAUCAAGAUAACCCAUCAACUCAGAGUCAUCUUCCAUUUCAAGUGUCUUGGGUGUUUUUUUCCCUUUGUUACUUGUUGAUAUCUGAGAUUUUAUAAACUUUUGUUACACUCUAAAGAUGUAGGUUGUUGCUGGGUGGCGGUGGAAUUUGGAUCCCAUAUAACUACUAAAGGAAACUACUAAGAUCUGCAGAUAGGAACCAAUUGUCAGUACACUCCACAGCCUGAAAUUCACCCCAGUAAAUGUUGCUGGAAUAGAUCAUUUUGUUAUCUCCGGCAUAGAUACAUACACAUAUUUACAGUGAGUGAAUGACUGUACAUGCAUACAUAUGAUUACAUAUGACAUAGCAAUACGUUACUAGGGUUACAUAGGACUUGGGAUCCAUCUUCCAACGUCACAUACUUUGUGUUCUGUUUAUGAUUGGAUAAAGUAGUACCAUAUUGUAUUA